AUGGCGAAAUCAAUAAAAUUUCACUGUGUCACUUGCAAGAAGCUGGAAAAGAAAGCUGAAGAGCAAGCAAAGAGCAAACUACCUGAGAGAAGGAACAAUUGUCUAGACAUUUCAGCAGAUUACAGUGCUCAGAAGUUCAUGAUGGUAUUGAGACGUUUUGUGGCGAUUAGAUGUUAUCCCAAGCAAAUAAUCUCGGAUAAUGGCACACAACUCGUAGCUGCGAAUGAAGAACUGAUAAGUAUCACCAAUUCUUGGGACUGGGACAAACUCGCAGAAUUUGGAGCCACAGAGGGAAUGCAGUGGAAAUUCACUCCUGCUGAUGCGCCAUGGUACAACGGUGUGUCUGAAUCUCUCAUAAGUCGAUCAAGAGAGCAUUGA